AUGACAGACAUGAAAAUGCCUUCUGGAACCCGAGUACUUAACAACCAAGGGAGAUCCUUACACGGACCCGGCCCUGUCGUUGUGGAGCAUAAGCACAUGAAGUUUUUGAUCACCGAUCGUCCCACUGAUGCGACCUUGCCUCGGUAUAUAGAGGUAAAUGCCUUUUGUUGUUGUUGAUGGAUAUGUGAAUUAGACUGAAUCUUAAAGAAUCUUCCUUGCUUCUCUUUAGGAUCUUAAGAGGUACGAUGCCCACGUUGUAGUGCGGGUGUGCGAACCGACAUACAACAUCGAACAGUUGAAGAAGCAAGGAAUCGAUGUUCUGGUGGGUAAACCGAUUGAUUACUAUUUCUCUCGAUGAUACAAUAUUAAGGAGAAAUUUAAUAACCAGUAUAUAUUGGUGUUUACUUCCGAAGGUUGCGGAAUACAUGCGAAUGUAAUCGAUUUCCUCAUGAAACGGCGUGGCCAUUUUGUUUUUGAUUUUUGUGUCCUCAUUUGUGUGCAAUGCUAAUUUUUUAGAGGCUGUUUGAUGUUGUAAAACCCACUUAGUAAUUCUGAUCUUUUAUGGUUUUUCUUGUACUUGAUCAUCGCUUUUAAUAAAUCUAUUAAAUGUCGCACCUUUCGUCCUAAAAUGAACAAUUGAAACUAACAUGAACUGGUGAUGUUGAAAUCGAAAGUGUAGUGUUGUGGCAAAUUUGGAUGAACUCUGUUGUCACCAGCAGAUUUUUACCCGCGUAUUUUUCCUUGGUUUCGACUUGACGCACCUUUAUUUAUUGAAUAUGACGUUUCAUUUUUUUCAAAUUGUCGCGAUGUUUCUUGUCUUUUCUCAGUUCUUUCGUUGGGUAUUUGUCAGUAAGAAUGCAUCUCGCAAAUCGAUGAUUUGGCUCACAAAGCAAAUUAGCGAGUAUGAAAACCGGCUUUACCGGCUGCGAACAACAGACUCGUAAACUAUCGUCAAAAGGCGGUCAGACCAGAUAGAAAUGCCUGAAUUUGUUUAACAAUGAGAGAGAAUCGAAUAUACCGGUAUCGACGAGUAGUAUUUAACAAACUUUUGAAAAAUAAUUGGGCCGUUAUUGGGAAAAUUACACAUCUUUCUUUAAAUGUAACGAGGAAUUAAGUCUCAUUGUGACAAGUUGAGCCUUUGGAUCAGGGACGUAUAAUUUUUAUCCUUAGAAACUAACUCCGAUGGGCCAAUAAAGUACUUUGAAGUAAUCUAGAUUUUUCAUCAUGUGACAGUCAUGUUACUGCUUUCCAAAGUCCAAGAUCAUUUAAGAUUAUGUACAUCCUAACAAUCAGGACUUGGCAACCGGCUAAUGUCUUAGAACCGGUUUGAAUUGUUGAUUUCUUCAUGAGAAGGUUGUUGACAAUUUGCACAACUUAGAAGUGUUAUUUACAAUUGCCAUGCAUAAACAGAAUAAAUCUACCUACAUGGAGGGCAUGUUCAAUGAUCAAAGUUACUCUUUUACUUUCUGGAAUAAUCAAAGAGGAAUAUCUCCUUACAGUAAAUAUACAAUUUCAAGCUGACAGAUAAUGAGUAUAGCCAAAAAUAUAUAUGACAAGAUUUUUGUUUUGUGUAAAACCAAAUUUUUUUUUUAGCCAAUUGAACCUUUUGACCCCAAAGAUUGAUGAGCAUAUAAUUUCUCCUCACAGUGUCACCCCUGAAUCUCAAAUGAAGGUCAUGAGGAGAAAGGAAAUGAUCACUAUCUAAAGAAGCUUGUAAUUGUAAACAAAUUCUCCUUGUCAGCUCCUUAGGAAACAUUUAGAAUAGGUUGAGUAAUGUGCAUGAUGAUGUCAGGAUGGAAAGGGUUAAAAAUCACAAGAGAUUCUUGACAGACAAUGCAGAUAAUUUUUAAAUCUUGAUUGAAGAAGUCAAAUAAUAAGAAUAUUUUAAUGUGAAUUUUCAGGACUGGGCUUUUGAUGAUGGUGCAGCCCCACCUAAAGAAGUAGUAGAUGGGUGGCUUCAGUUGCUUAAGAAAAAGUUUAAAGAAAAGCCAGGAUCGUGCAUUGCAGUGCAUUGUGUUGCUGGACUGGGCAGGUUUGUCAACUGUGUCUCAUAUUUGCUUCUAGGUCCAGGUAUUUGAGGGCAGAUGAAUACUAACCAAGGGUUGAAGUUUAAUCCGGGUUUCUUUAUUCCUUUAUUCAAAAGCCUUUUUUAGAUAUUUUUUCCAUUCUUUUUAGUGAAUCCAAUCAUUAAAUUGUAAACAAAAAGAUUUGUGCUGAAAGUUCUUUUUAAGCUUUCAAAUCUGAAAUCAGAUUUCCCACUUAACUUGGAUUUUCUUAACCCAGCUUUAAACAACCCCACCCUGUUUCUUUGCAAACCUGGCAAUUGAGUUAUUACCUGGCACAUUUGGGACAGACACAAUUUAGUGUAGCUCCAUUUUCUGCAUAUAAACACACGCAUAACCCACAAUUCCUCCAAUCGCUCUGACGAAGGGCUAAUGUUGAAAACAUCAGCUUUGAAACUCUUUAUGGUGGCCAAUUUAUGUUAUCAACUUGGUUGAUAAUACUAAAUCACCCUGUUGUACUCUCCCACCAACACAGCACCACAGUUUCUUUAGAAACUUCCCCCUUUAGACAUAAUUUAUCAGCUAUUUACCCUAUGACCCUUAAGAUUGACUAGCAUCUAAAUUCUCCUUACAUUAUCACCCCUCAGCCUAAAAUUAAGGUUACAAGAAUAAUGAGAAUGAUCAUCAACUAAAGAAGCCCUUGAUUGUUAAACAAAUUCUCCUUGUCAGCACCUUAGGAAAUGUAUAGAGAACAGUAUGGAGAAUGUGCAUACUGAUAUUAGGGUGAAAAGUCAUAUUCUGUCAGCUAGUGGUUGAUGAUGAGCAAGCCUGAAUCAGCAAUUAUCAGGCAUAGCAAUUUAUAGCAAAAAUUAUAAUUGUUCUGGUACAAACCUACUUGUUCAGAUAUGAACAAGAUUUGAACAACAAGUAGAUUUGUAAUUAUGUACUGUUAGGCUUCGUACAGAAUGGCUUUACCACAGCACAGAGAGCAUAGCCAAGCAGAUGAGUUUUAGUUUUAGGAUUCAACACCAGUAACAUAAAAUGUUUUGCAGAAUUUUUUGAAAUGAUUUGUAGAUCUAAGGUACCCACUAAGAAUGGGGUUCCAUAUAGUUGCAUUCUAUAAGCUAACUCAUUGAACAUUCUCUUAAUUGCAGAGCACCAGUCCUUGUAGCUUUAGCUCUUAUUGAAAGUGGAAUGAAAUAUGAAGAUGCUGUGGAAUUUAUCAGGAGGUAUGGUAACACUAAAUUACUCUACGGCUCAAAUGCAAGCCGACAGUCUCAACACAAAACUUGUACCCUGAUUUUGGAAACUUCUGAGUAUCAGUAGUCAAGUUUUGAGGCUUUUGUUUUCAGUUUUGUCUUUCAAGAAUUCAGUAUUAAGUUUCAACUCAGGAUAUUUUAUUUGCUAGAAUGGAAUUGAAACUGCUCAUAUUUCUUUCAACUUAUUAUUUAAUAUUCCCUUGACAGUGAUUGCAACAGAGGUAUCAAGGCCACAUUACAACUUUUUUCCCUACUCAUUUGACCUUAUUGUUCACUCAUUGAAACAGAUGUUGUGAUUACAGCUGAUGGAAACUGAAAUUUUUAGAUACGUGAAUAGUAUUCAAUGGAAAUUACUAGUAUUCACAUUUCUUCUAACCAAUAAUGAAACUAGCAUGUACAUUCAAUGCUGAAGAUUAGAGCAUCAUACUGAAACUGUUGCAUAGAAAGAUUCAUGUUUUGGGGUUUGAAAUGAUGUAUCCAAUGUUGUGUGAAUCUGUUUUUGUGGGGGCAUUUUCCUUUUGAAAUUGAUUAAUUUGUGAAAUUCUCUCAAAUUCUUUCAGACGAAGAAGAGGGGCCAUUAAUGCAAAACAGCUCAAUUAUCUGGAACAGUACAAGCCUUCCAAACUACUGAAAGAGAAAGGAAGUGCCAAUUGUUGCAUUCAGUAAGGCAAAGGCACAGCAUUCGUGAUGGAAUUGAACAUUUUAUUGAGUUAAUGAUCAGGUUUCAGGAAAAUUCAUUUUAGGUGCUUGAAUAUAAAUUUCCAAAGAAGCUGUAGCUAGGUUCAAAAAUUACAAUUCUUGAUAUUUUAGUCUGACUGGCAAAAAUUUUAAUGGCAGCUAGGACAAUGAAGGUUAUGAAAUAUGUAAAAUCUCCCUUUUUUUUUUCUUUUUUCCCCUCCAUCUUGUUAUUAGCAACAGGGAAAUGCAAACCCUUUUGCUCUCAAAGUUUUGUCAAGUUUCUGUAAUCAUACAUAGUGGCUGCUCAGUUUUAAGAAUAUAAAUAUUGUUGUGAGCUGAAUUAAAUCCUGUUACUGGAAGAGUUGAACAACUAAAAAUGCACUGAUUUUCAAAAAUGUGCAUUGAAGUCGCUAGAAGUAACCAGGUGAAUGGAAUUGCUCAAUCACCAAAGCAGUUAUGCCAAAAUUUGUUUCUUUAUAGUGCAGCUAUGUACAUGUAUUUUCAUGUGCUUCUGUGAACACAUUUCGAUAUGAUGGGAGGAAACAAAAUUCUAAGAAAUAUGUAAAUGUUAAGCAAUAAUUAUAAUGAUAUAGUAAUUAUAUUUUCAUGUAUCUUUUUAAUUGCUAUCAAUUUUUUUUCUGCUGUGUGUUCUAGACCUCUAAUGAAUCCAUUCAUUUAUUCCAUUCUCAAGAUCUAUUUGGAACAAGAAUUUGCAAUUAGUAUUCAUCACAUGUAUAGUUAACUUUUCUUACAUUUACGCAGAAGUAUGCUUUUGAUAAUAUUGUGUAAAGUAGUUUGGAGAAUUUCAUUAAAUGGAGACAGCAUCCCCAACCACAAAUCAGUGUUGAUUUUCCUUCACAUGCUUUUGAAGUUAUCAAGGUUGUAUUUUCCUCCUUCUGUAGAUCAUUUCCUAGUGUUAUUGUAUCUGGUCAUAAACUCUUCUGUUUGUAGGGGAUUCUGUGAAAACUUUGUGGAUGUUGUACACCGAUUUCUGAUGGAGUUAUGUGAGGAUUGGUUGGGUAUAACUAAUAUAGUUUAAACAAUUUUAAGUGUAGGAUGUACAAUUUUUACACAUCAUUCAUUCCAUGAAUAUUUUACCUCCACAAUGUAAUGAAGAUUGUUAUUUUCAGAAUUAUUUCAAAUAUUUAAAGUAUGACUUUCACAAAUUGUUUAAAUAUUGCUAUUUAUUUUUAUUUCCAUAGAAGCUUAGAAAUUUACUUUUGGUUUUUGUUAAUCAGUGACAUCACAUUGCAAUUCUUGUAUUUUACUCUGGGCCAAAACUCCAUCUCUAAUCAAAUUAAUCAGAGAGAAGGGAAUCUAAGAUAAGAAUGAUUUGAAUGUAGUAUACAAAGCACACAAAAUUACUUGUUCAUUUAAAUUCGCUUUUGAACACAUAACAGAAAUUGCUGAUUUUGCUUUUGUUACCUAAGUGCAAAUGAAAAGACAAAAAAUGGCUAACUUCAGGUGCUCUGGUGCACAACUGUAGCUCAUGUAAGGAUUUCUGAUUGUGCAGAUACUACAUAGAAAUGAGAUAUAUCCCUUUCAUUGCAGAUGAAUGUGAAUGUGUAGUUAUUUUGGGUUAAUGUAGAAGAGCAGUUUGAAAUAUUUUUUUGGUUGAUAUUGUAAUCUAAAAAAUAAGGUCACCUUGGCAAAGAAUCAGUUGUAAGUAUAAGAAUCGUGCAUGACCAUGUGCAUCUGAAACAAGUAUAAUUUCUGAGCAGCCUCGAUGUUUCAAAUGAAAAAUACUUCUAUAGUGCCGCCAGUCUUUUGAAUUUUUCUCCUUGAUGCACAUGCUUAGGCAUGUUACUUGGUCUUCUGAGAAAUUGGUUACCUUAUGCCAAAAAAAUGGGAGAAAAUAGCAGCACCUAAACUGUACCAUGUUUUCUGGUAUACAAGUUCUCAAUCAUACAUGUACUUCCAAAAAUCCCUCAAGGCUUGCAAUUAUGAUUUUUUUGGUAGAAAUUAGUGUUAGAUUAGUUUAGAUAUGGGGUGUAAUAAAUGCAUGAAAUCUGAUCAGGUUGAGUAGAGCAACUUGUUAAGUUUCACACUGCUAACAGUCACUGUUGCACAAAGCAAUAUCUACAGGGCAAACAAAAUAGUUAAAAUGUAAAUAUGAUGGAAAUACGAUGAACUUUUAAAUCCUCUAAAAUAUUCCCUCUUUGAAACUUUGCAACAUGGUUGAGAGCAGUGUAACAAAUAUUCCUAAAUGGUUGAAAAAUUGUUUUCCCUCACCGAUAUAUGUUCACUUAUUGCUGUACAUGAGAAUCUGCUUAUAAACUAUUGAUUGCUACUGUAGUGUGUAUUUUUCUAUGAAGUAAAGGUAUAUGUGUAAAUGGUAACUAAAACAAACAACUGGGAGGAAUAAAGAUUUUUAAACACCUGCUUCAAUUUUGUGUUACAGUGUGUGUUCACAGCUACUUAAGACUGAGUGUUUACUUCCCACACUGUUGGUCUUACAUUUGCUCUUUGUUGGAAAGUUACAACAUUUCUAGAUAAUUUCCACUUUGAAAACCAUCAUUUCACAAAUCUAACAAUGUCCCCCAGAUAGGUAAUGAGAAUUUUGAAGAAAUAUAUAUACCAAGAAACUCUCAUGGCAAGCCAUCAC